AUGCCCUCGCGAUCGCCGUCACGAGGGCGAUCUCCCACAAGAUCGCAUACACCCACCUCUAUACAACGAGCACCAUCCCCGCCCUUUAAUCGUUCCCGUUCGCCGCGUCGAUCACCGUCACCACGGUCACGGUCUCGCUCCCCCUCUCGGUCGAGAUCCAGAUCAUACACGCAGUCACCUCCACCUCGCGAUGGGCGCAAUGGGCAAGGCCAGGGGAGAAGCCACAGCCGGAGCACGACGCGAAGCAGGAGUAGGAGUCCAAGUCGCGGGGACAGAAGGUCCUACCGAGAAAGAAGCUACACGCGUAGCCCGAGCAGAGACAACCGACGGAUGCAGAGCUCUAAGAUCGUGGUGGAAAAACUUACCCGAAACGUGACGGAAGCCCAUCUGCGCGAGAUCUUUGGCUCGUAUGGUCGCAUUGAGUCGAUUGACCUCCCGCUGAACAAACAGUUCAUGACAAAUCGCGGCACCGCCUACAUCCUUUAUGAUCACCCUUCCGGUUCAGAAUCUGCCAUUGCCCACAUGCAUGAGGCCCAACUGGACGGUGUCGUCAUCUCCCCAGAUCUUCCCGGUAUGGUCCACUGCCCUCCCGUUACGGGCCACCCCCAAGAGGACCCCCUCCACCAAGAUAUCGCAGCCCACCCCCGAGAAGAGGCGGCUAUGGUGGAGGGAGGCGAGCAGCAGAAGAUGACACGUACAUCCCCCGUGAUACGUACUCAAGGUCUCCUUCACCGCCCAGGCGUCGGCGACGGUCACCCUCAUACUCCAGAUCCGCAUCUAGGACACCGCCCCGAAGACGAGGCCAACCCGGUCGAAGUCCACCACGGCGGAGAAGACGCAGUCCAAGUUACAGUUCUCGGAGCAGCUACAGUCAUAGCAGAAGCAGAAGCAGAAGUCGGUCAAGAAGCAGACCUAGGUAUGGGGGAAGAAGAUGAGCUAGCUGGAUGA